GCGAAACGCGAGAUCAUCAAUUAAACUCUCAGUGACCAGUCAACAAAGGACUCUAUCAACAAUGAAAUUCUUGCUUUUGACCGUGUUCUUGUGCCUAGCCGUGUGCUUCAUGGCAACCAGUGCUGUGCCCGUGGAGGAGGCCAUACCCGAGGGACUCGAGGGUCCUGGCAACGAGCCAAUUAGCCCCAGCGACGAUCAGUCCUUCCUGCUCAAGCUGAAGCUGCUCAAGAAGCUGCUCUUCCUGGGCUAACUGCCAAUUAUAUAUAUGGACUUUUAGUAUAUGUUU